CAGGAAAGAAUGAGGCGCGGCUGCUUAUUUUGCUGACGUCAAAAUCAUAUAAAAGGUAACCUUUGCCAUAAGCGCGUGGUCUAGUUCCGGUUUCCCUUUUUCUCUUCUCUUUUCCUCGUAACUUUCCCACAUUUGCACAACUUUUAAAGUACAAAUCAUGUCUGUUAAAUUGAUCAGCUCUGACAACGAAGACUUCACUGUCGACAAGGAAGUCGCUGAGCGAUCUGUCUUGAUCAAGAACAUGCUGGAAGAUGUUGGCGACAGCGAUGCUCCUAUUCCUCUUCCCAACGUCACUGCCAAGGUUCUGCGUAAGGUGAUCGAAUGGUGUGACCACCACCGCAACGACCCCGUCACUCAGGAUGAGCAAGAACGACGUAACACGGAUAUCGAAGAGUGGGAUCAAAAGUAUAUGGAAGUUGAUCAGGAGACCCUGUUCGACAUCAUCUUGGCUGCAAACUACCUUGAUAUCAAGCCUCUUUUGGACGUUGGCUGUAAGACUGUUGCCAACAUGAUCAAGGGCAAGAGUGCCGAAGAGAUUCGACGAACCUUCAACAUCACCAACGACUUUACCCUCGAGGAAGAGAACCAGAUUAGAAAGGAAAACGAAUGGGCUGAGGAUCGAUGAAUGACCUGACCUCCAACGAUUCGGCUUUCUUUCUUUGUGUGUGUGUGUGUGUGUGUCUCUUUGUUCCCGCCUCUCUCUCUCUCUCUCUCUCUC